AUUUCGUUUCUUUAAAUUACUUGAUUAUCUAAUUGAAAAAAAAAAUGUAUUUUAAUUAAAAAUUUAUUCGCGACACUGGCGCCAUAUAAUAUCUUCCAGUGGGAGAUUCAAGAAAAAUAUAUAUAAACGAGGAAAGAUAGAAAAAAAAAAUUUAUUGCGGUUUUUUCUUAUCGUUUUACCAUUCAUGUGUAUUUCUUUAAUCAGUGGCAUUACUGUUUAUACUGAUGAUGCCUGUAAAUAAAAAAAAAAAACAUGUCAAAAUAUCAUGAGAUUUUAAAGAAUUAUCCAAAAAAUAUAUUACUUUAUAAAUUAAUAUUAAAUAUUAAUUAAAUUUCGUAUAAAAACAAAAUAGAAAUUAUAUUAAUUGUUGAAAAAUGUGUUUGUGAAUUUAUUGAGUAGGUUAAACAAAUAUUUUUUUAGCUUAUUUGAAUAAUUUAAUGGGUUUUUUUUUUUCACGCUGACAUAUUGUUAAAAUAAUUAUUAAAAAUUUAAUUAAUUAUAUUUUUUUUUAAAUUAAUAAUGCAAAAUGAACUUUGGAAUUUUAUUUUUAAUAUUAAUUUACGCAGUUGAAGCAAGUUUCGAUGAUUGUUACUAUUCAUAUAAACAUGAGUGUUACAAAGAAAAAAGUGUCAACAAUAGUAGUUUAGUAUGCAGUCCUGAUAACAUAUCUAUUGUCAAUAUGGAAUUGACAGAUAAUGGUUUAUUGAGAGCAAGUUUAGGUCUAGUAAAUUUAAAUUGUCUUUAUAAAGUUGCAUUGUUGGUUGAUACAUCAAUUAAAAAUAAACAAGAAUGUAAAAAUUUAAUUUUUAAUGAUGAUAAUAAUUAUGAAGAUAAAAUUCAUACAAAUGAUCGUAAAAUUUGUGUUGAAAAAUCCAGUGAUAUUGAUGAUAAUUGUCAGAUGAAAAAUUUAAUAAUUGAAUAUCAGUAUAUUUUUACUGGUUGUUAUUCAUUGAGAUUUACAAUUGAUGGUAAAAAUUAUAUAACAAGUGUUAAUGAAUUUUUUAAUACUAAUUAUACAAUGACUAAUAUUAAAGAGCCUCAAAUUCGAUGUUCGUUUGAUAAUCGUGAUAAUUUAAAGGACAGUAAUUACGUAACAUUUAAUUUGGAAAUAUCCAUGGUAUCAAUUUCUCCAAGUAUGACUCUACAAUUGCGUAGUUUGUCAUCAGAUUAUGAAACUGAAAUAGAUGCAUGUAAUCAGUAUAGUAAAAAAUUACAAUACGAUUGGGAAAUAAGCUUGGACAAACAUAAUCAAGAUGUAAAUAAUUGUCAUUUUAUGAUGAUUCAAAAUAAUAGUGUAACAAAUAAAAUUUAUGCCAUUGAUAUUGAGUGUAAUUUUUUACUUCCAGUAUCAUUUAAUAAUAGUUAUUGUUUUUUACUUUUAUUAAAUGAUGAACGUUGUGAUAUAAAUACUAUUUGGAAUCCACCACCAAUUAAUUUACCUCCAUGUGCCUGGAUGUCACAUUGUGAUAGAAUAAUAAAACCAAAAUCUAAAAUUAUUUAUGAUGGUUUAUUACAAGAUAAUAUACAUACAUCAACAAAUUCAAUAAUAUUAAUUCCAAUAACAGUUAGUAUAAUAAUAUUAAUAAUUAUUAUUUGUGCUGUAACAUAUACAAUAAAUCGUUGUCGUUUAUUAAAUGAACAAGAAUAUCUUAAUGCAAAUUUACGUGAAUUAAAAAUUAAAAAUAAUAUUGAUUGUAAUAUUGAUACUGAUGAUGAGUGUAGAAGAAUUUGUAAUACAUCAUUGGAUAAUCGUACAAAAUCAAUUGUAUUAUUAUACGCAAGAGGAACACCAUCAUUCAUGUCAUUUAUGACUGAAUUUCGUGAUAUUUUAAAUAAACACUGUGACUGUCAUGUGUAUGAUUGGUAUGCUGCUAGUGAAUGGAAUUCAGUUGCUAAAGUUGGAGCAUGUGAUUGGGCUGUUAAUUUAAUUAAGAAAAAUCAUCGAGCUGUUUGGAUUGAUACACCAGCUGCUCGACUACUUAUGAAUGAAUGUUUUACCAGCCAAAUUCAAUUAAAUAAUGAUGCUAUUAGUGAUUUUCGUGAUAUGGCUUUUCCUGCUGUUUUAGAAUGUGCUAAAAGAAAUUUUAUUGAUUCGAAAUUUCAAUAUAAUCAACAUUUUAUUGUUAGAUUGGAAGGUGUCAAAGGACACUCAAGUGAAGAUCCAUUUUCUGAUUUAUCACCACAUACUCGAUACCUCAUUCCAUAUCAUUUAAAACAAAUUUGCUCAUAUUUAUCAUCAGGUAAAACAAACAAUUGUGGUAAUGCAUUAAUGACUGCUGAAGUACAAUUACGUGAGCGUUUAAUACAAAUUAAAAAUGAUAUUUAACAUCAACAGUAUAAUUAUUAUAUGCUUGACAUAUAGUUUUUAAUAUUUUUAAAAAUUAUUUAAGCUUGAAAUAAUUAGCUUUAAUAAUGACUCAUUAUUAAUGAGUGUUAAUAGUAUAAUUAAUUUUUUAAAUUUAAAAUUAUUUUAAAUUUUAUCAUUUCAAUUGAAGUUUAAUAAAAAAUUUUAUAUAAUUUUAUUAAUUUCA